AUGUCGGAAGCUUCUUUGAUGAUGCGGGGAGGAGGAUGCGCGUGGAAAGGAACCAACAACGCGCGAACGACGACGAGCGCGACGUGCGAGAACGGACGAAGAGCGUUUAACAACCUCCUCGCGCAAAAACAGAAGCAGAGAAGAUCACCCAACGCUACUGUUAAGAAGAAGAACAACAAAGCGUUCAUUUCGUCGGUGGCUGUUGCGGCGGAGGAUUCGACGCAAGUCGCCAACGAAAUACCCGCGAAAGGAACGAAAUACGAAAGGGAGAACGCAAUCGCGUUGGAUGCCGUGCGCAUAGCGUCCACGAUUUGCGAUAAAGUGCAAGCGCAACUGAUGCGGAUGGAUGAAAAGUCCAUCACGAAAGGGGAUAAAUCGUUGGUGACGUUGGCGGAUUACGCGGCGCAAGCGGUCAUCGCGUGGAGAAUAGGGCAGGAUGAACCGGAUAUGAAGUUUCUCGGGGAAGAAGACGCGGACGCGUUAGUGAAUGGUGGCGAAGACGGGAAGGAAGUUUUGGGGAAGAUUACGAUUUUAGUGAACGAGGCUAUUCAUUUGUUUUAUCCUGAGGCGAAAGAGUUGACCGACGACGACGUGGUGGCGUUAAUCGAUAAAGGGAAAGGCGAGGGAGGUCCAGAAGGAAGGCAUUGGAUCUUAGACCCGGUGGAUGGGACGCUUGGGUUCGUGAGAGGCGAUCAGUACGCCAUCGCGUUGGCGCUCAUGGACCAAGGCAAGUUGGUUUUAGGCGCCAUGGGUUGUCCGAACAUGCCAAAAAGCGGGGACGUUUUGGAGUUUAACGACGCGUAUUCUUACGGGUUUUCGCCGAGGACGGUGUCGAAAAUGUUGGCUGGAGGUUCGAGUGCGAAAACGGAUUGGUAUAAAGGGUGUGUGUUUACCGCGGUGAGGGGAAACGGGUGCUGGAUGUGGCCGACGUCACCAGAUGUCAAAGUAAGUCCAACGAAAGUGCACGUGUCGUCUGCGUUUGACCCGCGGAAGGCGCGCUUUUGCGAGCCAGUGAUGAAAGCAAACUCCAGUCAAGGUUUCACUGCCUCAGUCGCGGAUAACUUGGGCAUCGAAUCCAAACCGUUGCGGAUAUACUCGCAAGUGAAAUACGGCUCCGUCGCUCGCGCCGACGCCGACGUGUUCAUGAAAUUCCCGAAAGCUGAAUACCGAGAAAAGGUGUGGGACCACGCCGGCGGCGUCAUCCUCGUCGAAGAAGCCGGCGGCGUCGUCUCAGACGCCGGUGGCGUGCCUCUCGAUUUCAGUAAAGGGAGGUACUUGGAAUUGGAUCGGGGCAUCGUCGCGGCGAGUUCCGCGUUACACGAAAAGUUGAUGCAAGCCAUUCAAAUGAGUUGGGAUAGCGCCGCGCUUUAA